AUGGCACUUUCAUUACCGAAUAUUAGAUUUAGACAAUAUCAAGUCCAAACAUUAUCUUCAUUUAUCUCUUCGGAUCAUAAACAAUCAGUUUCAAAUUUGUUUUUACAAGGUUAUGAAGCGACUGGGAAAUCAUAUGUCAUCCAAAAGUUUUUCCAAGCUAAUCCAGACUUACUCUCCGUAACGUUAAAACCUCAGGAAUCGGUUACUUGGAAAUUAUUGAUUCAGUCUUUGGCUAGAUCAUUACAAUUCAAAUUUUAUGACCUAUUUCCCAAUGAAAUUUUACAAUUGAAACAACUUGACCCUUUAUCCGUAGAAGAGCCGUACCAUCUAAUUAGUUUUUUGACAAAAAUGUUUAAUAUCUUGUCCAAUUAUUCAAAACAAAUUUUUAUCAUCUUUGAUGGGUUGGACAAUUUGCAGGAUAUCGAUGCUACUCUAUUACUAAAAUUUUUGAAAUUAAAUGAGGCAAUAUCACAUCAGAUCACAAAUUUUCAUUUUAAAAUGGUUUAUUUAAUCAGGGAUGCAAAUUUCAUGGCCAGAUAUGCGACUUUUAAUAUUCCAACAAUAGUAUUUCCACGUUAUACGUACGAUGAAAUUUUAGAGUUACUAAUUAUUAUGAGAUUUGAAGAUAUGUAUUCAGAUCUCCUAGAACAUUUGAGCAACCAUUCCAUUGCAUCUAACGAAGAUAAUAAUUAUUCUAUAGUCAUUAAUUUUAUUACAUUGAUCAUGCAGGCAUUCCAAAUGUAUACAGGAAAUAAUUUAAACUCUAUAAAUGAUUUGUUAGAUCUUAAAUGGGGAAUAUACUUGGAUAAUAUAGAUGAGACGAAUUAUAAGGAUCCAAUAUCGAUUUAUAAAAAAUCUAUCUACCUUUUUGCAGCAACAAAUGAUACUUUCACUGCAGAUGAUGAUAGGGAUGAUGAGGAGGAGGAUAAUGGUAAUGAUAAUGAUGACAAUAAUAACGAAGAACAAGAACAAGAACAAGAUGAAAAUGAAGAUGGAGAUGGGUUAGAUGAAAAUACAAAUAAGACAAGGGUAUCUAAAGUAAAACCUUCUGGGCAAAACUAUGAAUUGUCUAGUAUGGCAAAAUAUUUACUAAUAGCAGCAUAUUUUUGUUCUUAUAUUGAACCUAAAUAUGAUACAAGUAUAUUCUCAAGAAAAACAAGUAUUAAAUCCGGAAGAUCAUCAUAUGGUAGACGUAAAAAAAUGGAAUCAAAUCCAAGACAUUUACAACCAGCUGUGUUUUUUUUAGAAAGAUUAUUAGCCAUAUUUCAGGCCAUUUAUCCAAUGGAGACAGUCGCAGUAUCUGGUUCUUUACAAUCGUUGUUAGGAGAUAGGUUAAUUAGGGCUAAUAUUGAGGUCUUUCAGAACUUAUCAGAACUGCAAUCUUUAAAAUUAAUAUGCACUACUUCAAUAAGAACAUCUGAUUUUCUGUCAUCCAAAUCAAAAUGGAAAGUUAAUAUUCCAUGGGAAAUCGUUACUGAAAUUGCUAAGUCAGUAAAUUUUGACAUGACUCAAUAUUUCAGUGGUGUUAGUGAUCAUUAA